AUGUCCGGCCCAUGCCCAGAACAUUCCCUGCAACACGUACUCCCAGAUGAAGAACUGCAGGCUAUGCCACAGCCGAUACAAGACCUAGCAUGGAAGGCAAUCAACAUGAAGGAGCGCAUGCUCGACAAAGGACGAGUGUUUGAGGCUUAUAAGGACCUCGCUGCUCUUACCAGAGAAGCAUUGUUGUUUCGAAAAUUCAACUCCAAGCGACACAUCAAAAGCACUCGGUCAGACAGCUUACAGACUGAAGUGGAGAAGAAAAUCUAUCGACUCAUUAUUGACUUGGACAUUCGCAUCUGUAUGCACAUUGGUAUGCCGCUGGAGGUUCAACCCGAGAAAAAUCCUACUCCACCAAAAGUAUCUACCAAUGAAGCCACCAUGGCAACCUAUGCCCUUGAGCAGUUGCAGUGGGAAUAUAGGCGGAUUACGUUCGACGUUCUGACGACUCUCGAUAAACUCUCGGACGAAGAUGACAGCACGGUGCAACAAAAGUAUAUAUCGGAUCUGAAGUCGUCCCUACACCUUCUUCAGAAGCACGAUAUCACCAUACCCGCCCCAGUGAGCGAAAGUGAAGACAUGUCUGCAGUACUGGCAGAGUGCCACAUUGAGUAUCUCUCACUUUCGCUACUGCUAGCAUGCAUCCUGGGUACUAUCCCCGCUGAAGCCGCCAAGGAAGACACCGGCGCCACGACAAUAUCCACGCCCAAAUCGAAUGAACAGAAUGCAGAGCUGCCGUCAAUGUCCUACACUGAAAUGGCCACGGCUUCCUCUCGCAGAAUCCUGCAGAUGUUUGCCAAGGCCACGGCAUCUGGACAUGUUCCAACUUGGACAUCGUCUUAUGCAGUGUUCUGUGCAGCCACCAUCCUCUCCAUCGAUGCCUUGAUUGGUGGUUCAGCUACCCAUGACUACGAAAAUAUCAAGCUUGUUGUAGACUACCUUGGCACUGCGACACGAGAAAGGAGCAACGAAUUCUACGGUCUUGCCUAUGCUCAACUCAGCCAACUUUGGGUUGAAAUCAAGGCAUUGUCUGGUAAGACUCCAAAAAGCAAAGAAGCACAGCACCAACCGAGCGCGACCGACGCAUCAUUGGAUGAGUCUAAUGCUCACUAUUCCGCGAUAGGGCGUGGCGCCAAAAGGCGUCGAAACAACAAAAGCGACACCCCAACAACCAGAUCCCCAGCCAAACGACAGCGCACAAGCGCGAACCCUAGAGUAAACUUACCCAACGCCACCUUAGUGUACGGCCAGCCCAUGACCGAGGAAGUCAUGUACCCAAGUGGUCUUGGCUCAGACUACAACAGCCAGGUCUACAACUGGCCUGGCACGUACAAAUCGACUGGAGGGCCGACAAGCGCCGAUACGUCCUUCAGCAGCUCCAUACAUAUGGAACCUGCAUACGAUGUCCCAAGUUCGGCUGUCCCGCCCUCCUCACACGCAGCAUCAUCCAAUACGUUUGGCUUUCGAAUGUGGUACCAUCCUCCAUUUGCACAGCCAGAGCCACCUCUCGAGCCUCUUGAGCACUGGGAGAGUGUGCCCCAGAACCUGUACCGCGACUUUCUCUAUGCUUCCGGAGGCGGCAAUAGCUUGGAUUAUGUCGACGCAAGUACUUCGAGCUUCGAGCGCCAUGCAUACACCAGCCCAAUGGUUCCUCACAUGGCCUCCGGGGCGCUCGUCUCCCCACAAGGGGUCAUGGGUCAGGAUUCCUGGGCAGGUGUCCCGGUUAACGCAAGCCAGGAUGCCUCUGACUGGAAUGCUGCACCACAGUCUUCGCGCCGCAUGUCUGCAAUCGAGGAGCACCUCACGCAAUACGGUUAUGGAGAAGCGCAAGCUGCCCACGAUCGUGUCCACAUGAGUACAGGUGGAGAGUGGCGUCCCACUGGGUCGUACCACUUUGAUGGUGAGUUGCAGGAUAGCAGUGCACAUUGGUCGACAGAGCAACGGGCGCGGUUAUGGCCGACACCAGUCACAUGUGGUUGA